AUGCCCGUCCAAGUGGGUCCCCAUGGCUAUCAGGGUGGGGAAGGCUCACAAAAGCUCAGUCCUCUAGGGAACAGCGCGAGUAGCGAAAGUGAAAAUCGUUUUAUCCCAGCACCGGGGCCUUGUCCUCACGUCCAUUAAUCCCGGCUGAGCCGCCUGUCACUUCUCUGGAAUUCACGGCGCUUUUGAAAGCCGAUGUCUCAGGAGCGGCAGCGGGUGAGCUGGCCCCCGAGUCAUGAAGAAGAUGACAGGAAGGUAAGGAGGAGAGAAAAAAAUCGAGUUGCUGCACAGAGGAGUCGGAAGAAGCAAACUCAGAAAGCAGAUAAGCUUCACGAGGAAUAUGAGUCUCUUGAGCAAGAAAAUACCUCCCUGAAAAGAGAAAUUGGAAAGCUAACAGAUGAAAUGAAACACUUGAGUGAAGUGUUGAAGGAUCAUGAAAAGAUCUGUCCGCUGUUGCACUGCACCAUGAACUUUGUGACCGUACCAAGGCCUGAUGCACUCGCCAGCUGCCUGCCAAGAUGAAACCUCUCCUUGAUCAUCUUUAAAUGUAAUGUGUGAAGGUGCCAUUAAUGGGAGACUUGAAGAACUGCCUGCUUAUGGUGCAAGUCUUCCAUCAAAGAGGACUGGACUUGACCAUGCAGCUCUUCUCUACAUUGAUGUGUUACAGUCUUCUGAAUCUCAGGAAAACACCAGCAUGGAAAAAAGACAGCUUGAACUGCAACAUUGGAUUGGGUAGAAUCUUUGAGCUGUGGUUUGAGCCAUGGACAUUCAGAAAUGUCACAGUGUGGUGCAGCCCACCAUCACAUGAUGGAAUGUAGACAGGGGAAAGUACUGACCUUGGGCUGGGAUGCCUUUCUCCCACAUGUCCACUGCCAGUAACCCUUGGUCACUUGUCAUCCAUGUA